UAAAGUGAUAUUCGUUCUCUAGAAAUGGGUCAGUUUGUCAGUUCUACAAAUGUUAAAUGCAUUAUCAUUUCAGAAAGCGGACAACAUCUGUGAGCAUUUCCUCUUCCUCUAAAAUUAUAAAGGAAAAGAAAACAGAAGUUGACCAGUUGACCAGUACAGCAGAGAAAAACUCACACUGGAAACAUAACAUUGCAAGAGCAAAUACAAUGGUCUUAUAUGCAAAAGCAAAAAUAUUGUACAUUUCCGUUGGGUUUUGGCUCAUUUCAGGUGCUGAAAUCUAUGAUGGUUGGGUAAACAAUAUAGUAACUGUUCAGACCGGAGGAUCUGUCACCAUCCCAUGUCAUUAUGAUGAGAAAUACUCACAGAUGAAGAAAUACUGGUACUCAGAGAUUGAUAGAUCUAAAACAUACACAAACACAACAGAGGAGAAUCUGUCAGUAAUUGAUCAUCCUGAUCAGAGACUCUUCACUGUGACGAUGAGAAACCUGCAGAACAAACACACUGGAAAGUAUUACUGUGUUGUGGAGAAUGGAGAACCACCACUGGCAAAUAUAAUAUACGAGUUUAAUCUCGACAUUCAGUCUGCUCCUGAUGUGUCUGUGGUGAACAGCAGUGUAUCUGGACAUGAAGCUGGAGAUAUCAGUGUUCAGUGUCUCUACAGUUCUGGAUAUCAGUAUAAAACUAAACAGUGGUGCAGAUAUAAAGAUGAGAGAUGUUACACAGUGGGGAGGACUGACACAUCCCAGAGUUCAUCAGUCCAGAUCAGUGAUGAUGAUGGGAGAAGAUCCUUCACUGUGCUGAUGACUGGACUGAGACUGACUGAUUCUGGCUGGUACUUCUGCUCUGUAGGAGAUCUGCAGGCUCCUGUUCAGCUUACUGUAAUAGAAGAAGAUCCACACAUUCCUGAUGUGUCUGUGGUGAACAGCAGUGUAUCUGGACAUGAAGCUGGAGAUAUCAGUGUUCAGUGUCUCUACAGUUCUAGAUAUCAGUAUAAAACUAAACAGUGGUGCAGAUAUAAAGAUGAGAGAUGUUACACAGUGGGGAGGACUGACACAUCCCAGAGUUCAUCAGUCCAGAUCAGUGAUGAUGAUGGGAGAAGAUCCUUCACUGUGCUGAUGACUGGACUGAGACUGACUGAUUCUGGCUGGUACUUCUGCUCUGUAGGAGAUCUGCAGGCUCCUGUUCAUCUCACUGUAAUAAAAGAAGUAAGUGUGAAAACAGACAUCGGUGCUGAGAAGGACAAAUGGCGUUUCUGUCUGCCAUAAAACCUUUCUCCACAUCAGACUGAAAGAUCAGAUGAUUAGAAAACCAUUGAUAAAAAGAUUUAUGUUCUGCUUUUCUGUGUGUGAAUGCAUUGUCUACAAUUUUUAGUUAAAUGUAUUUUUCUUUUAUUCAAACAACAUGCAAAUAAGCAGCAUACCAAAUAAAGCUACAUCAUUU